ACAAGAGCAGCUCUCAAAUUAUUCCAUAAACAGCUUGGUUUUUACUAGCUAUCACUACACACAAGUUAAGAUCGAUAACCCUCGGUUAACGUUGAAACAUAGCAAUGGCUCACGUAUUGCUGGUACUGGUACACGAGCUGAUCCAUCAAGGAGCAGCUCCACGAGCAUUCUUCCUCGCCUUGCUCUUCGCUCUAGUGCUCGUGCCGCUCCUUCUCUGCUUUGCUGCGUCAACAAGGAGAGCGAGCGGUGAUGGUGAGCUGCUGAGCGAGCUCCCUUCGCCGCCGGGCAAGCUCCCCGUCAUCGGGCACCUGCACCUCAUGGGGGCUCUCCCCCACGUCUCCCUCGCCGGCCUGGCCGCCAAGCACGGCCCCGACCUUAUGCUCCUCCACCUCGGCGCCGUGCCCACCGUCGUCGUCUCCUCGCCGCGCGCCGCUGAGGCCGUCCUGCGCACGCAUGACCACGUCUUCGCGUCGCGGCCGCGGUCCAUGGUCGCGGACAUCAUCAUGUACGGGGCGUCGGACUCGUGCUUCGCACCCUACGGCGAGCACUCCCUCAAGGCCAGGAAGCUCGUGACGAUGCACCUCCUCACCGCCAGGAAGGUGCGAUCCCAGCGCCCGGCCCGGGAAGAGGAGGUCCGGCUGGUGAUGCGCAGGCUCGGCAAGGCGGCGGCCGCGCGCGCGCCGGUGGACAUGAGCGAGCUGCUGCACUCGUUCGUGAACAACCUCAUCUGCCGCGCCGUGUCGGGCAAGUUCUCCCAGGAGGAGGGCCGAAACAAGCUGUUCCGGGAGCUCACCGACAUCAAUGCGGCGCUCCUGGGAGGGUUCAACGUCCAGGACUACUUCCCGAGCUUGUCGAGGCUCGAGCUGCUCAGCAAGGCGGUGUGUGCCAAGGCCAGGCGGGUGAGGAAAAGGUGGGACCAUCUGCUCGACGAGCUCAUCGACGGCCAUGCAACCAGGUCAGUGCACCGUGAGGAUAAUACAGAGGCCGAGCAAGAAGAUGGCGACUUCAUCGACGUCCUCCUGUCCCUUCAACACGAGUAUGGCCUCACCAGGGACCAUAUCAAGGCCAUCUUGAUAGACAUGUUUGAAGCGGGCACCGACACCUCGUAUAUGGCUCUAGAGUUCGCCAUGGCUGAGCUCAUGCGGAAGCCACACCUUAUGGCCAAGCUACAAGAAGAGGUGAGGGGGAGUGUGCCCAAGGGGAAAGAAAUAGUCACAGAAGACGAUCUCACUAACAUGGCCUACCUCAGGGCUGUCAUCAAGGAGACACUCCGGCUGCACCCAUCAGUGCCUCUUCUUAUCCCACACUUCUCCAGAUACGCGUGCAGCAUCGAUGGCUACACAAUCCCGGCCGAGACACGCGUCAUUGUCAAUGCCUGGGCACUUGGCAGGCACGAUAGCUAUUGGGAACUUGCAAAUGAGUUCCUACCCGAGAGAUUCAUGGCUGGGGAUAAUCCCACCACCAACAUUGAUUUCAAGGGUAACAGCUUCCAUUUCUUGCCAUUUGGCUCAGGACGAAGGAUGUGCCCAGGGAUUCACUCUGCAGUAGCCACCUUGGAGAUUAUGCUAGCAAACCUCAUGUACCAUUUUGAUUGGGAGUUGCCAACAGGGUUGAAGGAGGACAUAGAUAUGACAGAGGUGUUUGGAAUAACGGUGCAAAGAAAGGAGAAACUCUUGUUAAGUCCUAUUUGUUUUAGCUUUAAAUUUUGAAAGGUAGUUUUAAAAACUGAAAUUAAAAUAAACAAUCUGCUUUCAUAAUUUGCUUUUCAAAAUCUGUUGGACUUAAUCCUUGUCAUGGGUCUUGGGGACUCGUUUCACCCUAGUGCAGAAGCAAGAAGUUCGUAUACGGUUCGUAUACGGCUAUAGCGCCGUUCGUAUGUAUGCUGAGUUCGAGUCGAAGUUAGAGUUCAGAGUCGGAUCGUGAGAUGGCACGAUUCGUGUUAGGAUUCGGAG